AUGGCGCAGAUUACGGAUCAGCAGAGGGCGGACUUCUACCGAAAGCAGGAGGAGAGCGUUGGCCAGCAGCUGUUCCAGCAGAUGGUCCAGACCACCAAGAACCGGUGCUUCAAGACCUGCGUCACCCGCCCCGGUGCCGCCCUGUCCAAGGAUGAGCAGAAGUGCCUCAUCAACUGCGUCGAUCGCUUCUUCGAGGCGCGCGCUAUCGUCAUGCACUCCUACAACAAGGUUUACCAGAGC